CGAUUAAGAUCAGGAAUAAUGGGGCGAGGCGAAAUUUUAAAAUUGACGGUAAAAAAGAAUUAUUUGAGAGGGUUCUAACGAGAACGAAAUCGAGGAAGAGAGUGAAAAAAAGGAAAAAGCAGAGGAUGAAUCAAGUCAAAUCAGAAUAGGGGAGAGAGAGAGAGAGAGUUCAGCUUUGGCUUUGGAUAGUUAAUUUUUUGGUUUUCCUUGUGCGUGGGGGGUAUAUGCUCGCUGCGUUCCUCUGUUUCAUCGUCGCCAGUUUGUGUUUGGGGGGGAAGAGCUUUUGAUUCGCUGGAGCUUCGUGGAUCGAGCGAUUCGUUGAGGGAGGAGGAAGAUGAACGGAUGGGAGAGGGUGAAGUCGUCGAAAUCCAGAUUUGGCCGCCUCUCGCACAUCAGCAGCGACGACCGCGCGCCGUCGUCGCGGACGGUCCGGCUCGGCCGCGUCCAGCCUCAGGCCCCGACUUACCGCACCAUCUACUGCAACGAUCGCGAGGCCAAUCUGCUGGUGAAAUUCAAGGGAAACUCAAUAUCGACAACCAAGUACAACUUCUUCACAUUUAUACCUAAAGGGUUGUUUGAACAGUUCAGGCGGGUUGCUAACCUGUACUUUCUCAUGAUAUCAAUUUUGUCGGCGACACCUUUCAGUCCUGUGAGCCCUGUAACAAAUAUGGUCCCCCUCAGUUUGGUUCUUCUCGUAUCUCUUUGUAAGGAGGCAUAUGAGGACUGGAAACGUUUUCAAAAUGACAUGGCAAUAAAUAACACUCUUGUGGACGUGUUACAAGAUCAACGGUGGGAGCCCAUCCCCUGGAAAAAGUUACAAGUUGGAGAUAUUGUAAAAGUUAAACAGGAUGGCUUCUUUCCUGCAGAUUUGCUUUUUCUUGCAAGUACAAAUGCUGACGGAGUCUGCUACACUGAGACUGCAAAUUUGGAUGGUGAAACAAAUUUGAAAAUCCGGAAGGCUUUGGAGAGGACAUGGGAUUAUUUUACCCCAGAGAAAGCGUCGGAAUUCAAAGGCGAAGUGCAGUGUGAGCAACCAAACAAUUCGUUGUACACGUUCACUGGCAAUCUUAUACAUCAAAAGCAAACUUUGCCUCUCACCCCAAACCAAAUUCUGUUGCGGGGAUGCAGUCUUAGGAACACCGAAUACAUUGUUGGUGCUGUCAUUUUUACUGGUCAUGAGACUAAGGUUAUGAUGAAUGCCAUGAAUGUUCCUUCCAAGAGGAGUACAUUAGAGAGAAAACUGGACAAACUUAUCCUCACCCUUCUUGCUACUCUCUUGGUCAUGUGUAUCAUUGGCGCCAUUGGCAGUGCUACUUUUAUAGAUCGCAAGCAUUAUUACUUGAGUCUUGGGAAGGGAGUGGAAGCUCAGUUUAAUCCUGACAACAGACUAGUGGUAUUUGCGGCGACGGUGCUCACCCUUGUUACCCUUUUCUCAACUAUUAUCCCAAUAUCUCUGUAUGUAUCCAUUGAGAUGAUCAAGAUUUUUCAGUCCACGCAAUUUAUCAACAAGGAUUUGCGUAUGUACCAUGCUGAGACCAAUACCCCAGCACUAGCUAGGACUUCCAAUUUAAACGAAGAACUUGGACAGGUGGAAUAUAUAUUUUCGGAUAAAACUGGAACUUUAACUAGAAAUAUGAUGGAGUUUUUCAAGUGUUCAAUUGGUGGAGAGGUUUAUGGAACAGGCAUGACAGAAAUAGAGAUGGGUGGGGCGCAACGGACUGGCAAGAGAGUGGAGAUGCACAGGUCAGCCAAUGCGGUCCACGAGAAGGGUUUUAAUUUUGAUGAUGCGAGGCUCAUGCGUGGAGCUUGGAGGAACGAGCCAAAUCCUGAUAUGUGCAAGGAGUUUUUCAGGUGCCUCGCCAUAUGUCAUACUGUAUUACCUGAAGGAGAUGAUUCUCCAGAAAAGAUAACAUAUCAAGCUGCAUCACCUGAUGAAGCUGCAUUGGUGAUUGCUGCAAAGAACUUUGGCUUCUUCUUCUACAGGCGUACACCUACCAUGAUAUAUGUCCGAGAAUCUCAUGUGGAAAAGAUGGGUAAAGUUGAUGACGUUGCCUAUGAGAUUCUUAAUGUCCUUGAGUUUAACAGUACAAGGAAGCGUCAGUCUGUUGUGUGCCGUUAUCCAGAUGGAAGGCUUGUUUUGUACUGCAAAGGAGCUGAUUCUGUGAUCUACGAGAGGUUAGCUCAGGGACAAGAUGACUUGAAAAGAAUAACGAGGGAAAACUUGGAACAAUAUGGAUCUGCUGGAUUACGUACCCUUUGCUUGGCCUAUAGAGAUUUGAGUCCUGAGAUAUAUGAAGGGUGGAAUGAGAAGUUCAUCCAGGCUAAAUCAUCAUUAAGAGACCGUGAGAAGAAAUUAGAUGAGGUUGCAGAAUUAAUAGAAAAGGAGCUUAUAUUGAUAGGAUGCACUGCAAUUGAAGACAAACUUCAGGAAGGAGUACCAAAUUGUAUAGAGACUCUUUCUAAAGCUGGGAUUAAGAUUUGGGUGCUAACAGGGGACAAGUUGGAAACCGCUAUCAACAUAGCUUAUGCAUGCAAGUUGAUUGAUAAUGAUAUGAAACAGUUUAUCAUUAGCUCGGAGACUGAUGUGAUAAGAGAAGUUGAAGAAAGGGGUGACCCUGUUGAGCUUGCACGUUUAAUGAAGGAAGAAGUCAGAAAACAGCUGAGUAAAAGUCUUGAGGAAGCACAGCACUAUUUUCGCACUGUAUCUGGCCCAAAACUCGCUCUUGUGAUCGAUGGAAAGUGCUUAAUGUAUGCAUUGGACCCAAAUUUGCGUACAAUGCUGCUGAAUUUGAGCUUGAACUGUACUUCAGUUGUUUGCUGCCGUGUCUCUCCUUUACAGAAAGCUCAGGUGACAAGUCUGGUGAAGAAAGGAGCUCGCAAAAUAACACUUAGUAUUGGUGAUGGUGCCAAUGAUGUUAGCAUGAUUCAAGCCGCUCAUGUUGGUGUUGGCAUUAGUGGGUUGGAAGGAAUGCAAGCUGUGAUGGCUAGUGAUUUUGCAAUUGCACAGUUCCGAUUUCUUACAGAAUUACUACUUGUGCAUGGACGGUGGUCAUAUCUCAGAAUAUGCAAGGUUGUUACUUACUUCUUUUACAAGAACCUUACAUUCACCUUGACUCAAUUUUGGUUCACCUUUCAAGCUGGAUUUUCUGGUCAAAGGUUCUAUGAUGAUUGGUUCCAGUCAUUGUAUAACGUCAUGUUUACUUCUCUUCCGGUGAUUGUUUUUGGGCUUUUUGAGAAGGAUGUUAGUGCAUCACUUUCCAAGAAGUAUCCACAACUGUAUAAGGAGGGAAUACGGAAUUCAUACUUCAAGUGGAGAGUUGUGGCAACCUGGGCUUUUUCUGCAAUCUACCAGUCUCUCGUCUUUUACCACUUUGUGACAGCUUCUAGUUCUACUGGUCUAAAUUCAUCGGGAAAAUUGUUCGGCCUCUGGGACGUCAGCACAAUGGCAUUUACCUGUGUUGUUGUCACUGUCAACUUACGCCUUCUUAUGAUGUGUAAUACAAUCACAAGAUGGCAUCAUAUUGGUAUCAGUGGAAGCAUCCUUGCUUGGUUUGUUUUUGUUUUCAUAUAUUCUCUUAUAAGGGAAAAUCUCUCUUAUGUCAUCUAUGUAAUAAUGAGUACAGUCUACUUCUACCUGACAUUACUUCUGGUUCCAAUUGUUGCGCUGCUUGGUGACUUCUUAUGGCAAGGGAUUCAAAGGUGGUUCUUCCCAUAUGAUUAUCAGAUAGUACAGGAAAUUCACAGGCAUGAGCCCGAUGAUUUCACCGGGGCAGGUACCUUGGAAAUCAGGAACCAGCUCACGCCGGAUCAAGAGAGGAGCUUUGCUAUUUCUCUACUUCCACGCGAGACAUCUAGGUACACUGGUUUUGCUUUUGACUCACCUGGGUAUGAGUCGUUUUUCGCUUCACAGCACGGUGUCUAUGCUCCGCAAAAGGCUUGGGAUGUCAUAAGAAGAGCCAGCAUGAGGACUAAGCCGAAGACAUUGCCCAAGAAAUGAAUUUUAAGUACUACACUUAGAUUUUGGUAGUGAGCCGUAUAGAUUCAAAGUUGUAAAGUUAGCUGUACCAUAAUUGUAGCUUUUUCCUUUUAUUUGUUAUAUAUGGACAUUAUAGUUGCUCGCCAUGCUUCGAACCUGGUACACUUUAGAGGAGCCACAGUGGCCUGUGCUUACCUAGUUACUAGCUCGGAUGUACAUGUAUGCAUUUCUUACUACUGCGAAAUGAAAAUUUUAGACGGUUCGAGUUU